AACUAAAAGAAAAAAAAAAAAAGACCAACACUGACUUGUACGUGCAGCCACCGCAAGCGACGGCGAUGGGCGGGCGUAGCCGCCGUCGAGUGACGUUAUCUUUUGCCACGCUGGCGUUUCUUCUUCUUGCAUCAAUCCCAGUUCUGGGUUUCACCCCAUCUCGCCACUUGAGUUUUGGAGUAAGGAAAAUAAGAGAGGAAGUGGAGGUGGAGCGGCUAAAUACGGCCAGACGGCGACUGGGUGGGCCCGGUUCAUCUCCACCGGUUUGCAGAUCCAAGUGCGGGAAAUGCGGGCCGUGCAGCCCGGUUCACGUACCGGUUCAGCCCGGGAUGAGUAUGCCACUUGAGUAUUAUCCCGAGGCAUGGAGAUGUAAGUGUGGGAACAAACUGUUCAUGCCUUAGAAGAAGAUGACCCAAAAAAUUGUUAGCAUAAUUAAUAUUAGUGGAUUAUUUCUGUAUCUUUUGUUCAAAAUUUAUAUUCGAAUUACCAAAAAAAUGCUAUGCUGUUAUGGU